UUUGGUGGAUGGCAGGCCAUUAGCUUUCGAGUAUCUUAAAAACAGAGGCAUAUUCAUGUACCAUGCAGCCCUCUCCUGAAUUAGAGUUCUGCAAAAUAGAGAAGAAAUGUACCUGCUCCUUGUUUUGCUUUUUUGUGCUCGGGGACUUGAAGCACAGGCCUCAGGGUCAGGGCAUACUGCUACUAUGGGUACCAACACCAAUCACACCAUUAUGAAGGUUGGAAACUUUACAAAGCCAGGAUGCCCAAGCCAAUGUGGAAACUUGAAAGUACCAUAUCCCUUUGGGAUUAACUCUAAAGGCUCCGGCUGUUCCAGAGAUUCCUUGUUUGAGAUCACCUGCGACCAUUCUACCAAUCCUCCCAAGGCCUUCGUACAAGAUGGUAACAUUCAGAUUUUUGAUAUAUCAGACAGCGAGCUGCGUGUUGAUAAUGUUGUGGCUAAAUAUUGCUAUGAUAAAGGCUCUCUACUUGACAGUUGGAAACCUGCAUCAUAUAAUUUAAGUGGAACUCCAUACACGUUUUCUGACGCAAAUGUGUUCACCGUUGUUGGUUGUGAUGACCGUGGAAACAUCUAUCAGGCUGUAGAUGAUUAUCUACCUAAAGGAUGCGUAACCACAUGCCAUAAUGCGGAGGAAGUUCGUGAAGGCGAGUGUUUAGGCACCGGCUGCUGCCAAGUAUCCGUUAAGGUUCACAAGUACUUUGAUGCCUACCUCGAAAGCUAUAACAACCAUACAAACAGCACCUCGUCUUUUGAUUCGUGCGGCUAUGCUUUUUUGGGUGAAAAAAACAUGUUCAAGUUCCGUGGUCUUGAGGAUCUUAAGGAUACAGCCUUCCAAAAUAAGACCGAGGCUACUGUCCCUGUAGUACUUGACUGGGUGAUUGAUGAAAAUAAAACUUGUGCUCAGGCAGCUCAGGACUCUCAUUCUUUUGCUUGCAGAUAUAACAAUAGCCACUGCAGAGACGCAGGUAAAAGUUCUGGUGGCUACCGGUGUAGCUGUAAUAAAGGUUACGAGGGUAAUCCAUAUCUCAGCCCAGGAUGCCAAGAUAUAGAUGAAUGUGCAGAUUCAACAAAGAACGAUUGUGAGAAGACCUGCAAUAAUAAUAUAGGUAGUUAUACAUGUUCUUGUCCACAUGGUUAUGAGGGUGAUGGCAGGAAAGGUGGCAGUGGUUGCGUUGCUAAAAGCUCCAAGUUCCCCUUGGUCAAGUUCAUCUUAGGUAUGACAUUCGGCUUCACCUCCUUAGUUAUUGCAAUAAAUUGGUUAUUCUGCACCAUCAAGAAGCGAAAGCACACUCAACUGAGAGAAAAGUUUUUCCAACAAAACGGUGGUCUCCUGUUAAUACAGCAAAUCAUUUCAAAGGAGGGCAAUGCUGUUGAGUCCAAAAAAGUUUUCACGGAUGCAGAGCUGAAGAAAGCCACCAACAACUAUGCCGCUGAUAGGAUCCUUGGCCAGGGUGGUUAUGGUGUAGUGUUCAAAGGAAUUUUACCUGAUCAACGUGUAGUUGCUAUUAAAAAGUCUAAAGUAAUGGAUAAGAGUCAAAUCGAUCAAUUUAUCAAUGAGAUGGUGAUUCUCACGCAAGUUAACCACAGAAAUGUAGUUAAACUUCUGGGCUGUUGUUUAGAGUGUGAAGUACCUCUACUGGUUUAUGAGUUUGUCUCAAAUGGUUCCUUAUUCGAUCAUGUCCACGGUAUAGAAGGAGGCAUGUCAUGGUUGUCUUGGGAGAACCGGUUGAGAAUUGCUGCUGAAUCAUCUGGCGCCCUUGCAUAUCUACACUCUGCAGCUUCCAUGCCGGUCAUUCAUAGAGAUGUCAAAUUAGCCAACAUUUUACUGGAUGAUCGUCAUGUGGCCAAAAUUUCAGACUUCGGAGCAUCAAGGCUUGUGCCUCUGGAUAAAAACCAAGUGACAACAUUGGUUCAAGGGACCUUGGGGUACUUGGAUCCCGAAUACUUCCACACAGGCCAGCUGACUGACAAAAGCGAUGUUUAUAGUUUUGGAGUGGUCCUCGCAGAGCUCUUAACAGGAAGAAAACCAAUUUGCGCGGAGAGAUCCCCCAAGGAUGUAAACCUAGCUACAUACUUCAUCACCUCUCUGAAUGAAAAUCGCAUUUUUAAAAUCCUGGAGCCACGAGUGGUGAAAGAAGGGACAGUAGACCAACUCGAAGCAGCUGCACGACUUGUGAAGAGGUGCCUUAGCCUUAUUGGAGAAGAAAGACCUACAAUGAAGGAAGUUACGAUGGAACUCGAAGGUUUAAGAAAUUGUACCAAACAUCCUUGGGCUGAUCAGCGUGGCCACGACGAAAAUGAAAGCUUGAUAAGUAGUAACGAAGCUCCAGUUUCAGAUUUUUCUGAAAUCCAGCUAAGCUCUUCCAAUGAUAUUCUGGAGGACUCGGAACAAAAUAGCUCGGGAACUGCUUGUUUGUUGCUCCCAUCAAGUAGCCCUCGUUGAGACCUCACUGAGAUAGAAAAUCAUAUAUCAUCACGAUUUGCAUAAGUUAUAUAAACAAUAAGUCGACAACGUGCAGUUUACAUGUACAUUAAGCAGACCUGUAGAUGCAUUUGUUAAAAGUUAUUAGUGCAAUUUAAUCUAGUUUGUUGUGUUUGAAUGA